CUCGAAAAUUCUAGAUGCUUCCGUCCCGUUCUUUCCCUUUCCUCUGCUCGUAUCUCUUUCUUCCAGAGGGAUCGAGAACUUCCUCGUUGGCACUCCGUCGAGCGGUCGGCGAUGGCGACUACGAACACCGUGCUUCCGACAGACGACAAGGCCGCCGAUGUGGCGGAGUUUGUUCCCCCUGGCGCGGAGGGGCAAAGGACGCUUCCCACGCCGUUCCUGACGAAGACGUAUCAACUGGUGGACGAUCCGUCGGUGGACGACAUGAUCUCGUGGAACGAGGGAGGGUCGACGUUCGUCGUGUGGCAGCCGGCGGAGUUCGCCAGGGAUCUACUUCCGAAGUACUUCAAGCACAAUAAUUUCUCCAGCUUCGUCCGCCAGCUCAACACCUAUGGUUUUCGGAAGACUGUGCCGGAUCGAUGGGAGUUCGCCAAUGAUUGCUUCCGCAGAGGCGAAAAGCGCCUCCUAUGUGACAUCCACCGCCGGAAAAUUGCCCCAUCUGCGCCGACCGCUAUGGCGCCGCUCCCAGUUUCUAUUCCGUUAAACCGGCCGGAGACUCCGGAGAACUCGGCGGAGGAGCAGGCCAUCUGGUCGAGCUCCUCCCCUGGGCCGCCGUCCACACCGCCUACGGUGACACCUGGACCCAGCGGUUCGGUUGAACUGGUGGGGGAGAACGAACGGCUCAGGAAAGAAAACUCCCGGCUUUGCCGCGAGCUCGCCAAGAUGAAGAGAUUGUGCAACCACAUCGCUGCCCUUGUGUCCAAGCACACGGACGAGGGCGUCGACAGGGAGGCGGAAGCUCUGCCCUCGACGCUACUGGAGCUGAUGCCGGCGACGCGGGUGGACGGGGAAGAGGAAGACUCCGUCGAGGCCGACGCCUCGGCGGAGUUAGAAGCGGAGGUGAUGGUGGAGGAGGCGACGAGCACUGCGCCGUGGCUGGGGCUGCGGCCGAGGCUCUUCGGGAUGACGAUCGGAGGGAAGCGGGAACGCGAGGACGGCAAGAACAAGUGCGAGCCUCAGACAACGCAGGUCAAGCGGGAGCCGAAGGAGGAAAGUUCGCCGGAGCACCACCAGCAGUCCUGGGUGGUGUACUGCCCACGGCCGAUACGGAGAGUGUGUAAUGGGUCGGGUGGCGUCGGAGAAGGAGACGGCGGAGGGAGCACGUGACGAGUUUGGAUCGCUCACGUGCGUACUAGUGGCUCGUUAGAACCUCUUAGAUGUCUCCUUGUUAUAGUACCCCCUUUUUAAAAUCUAAUUUAAUUAGUUUAGAAAAAAAAAUGUAAUAUUGUUGUCGUCCAUCCAUAUGAAUCAAUUUAGAUCUAAUUGUAUGCUGCAUAGAUA